AAACGCACUUGCCCCUACAGGCUACACGGGGGAUCUUUGUAUUUGUACGGGCGCGGCGUUUAGCGCACUGCGCAACGCACCCGGCGAAUCCGCGGUUCGCUUCCCGCUCGCGGCUCACGUCAGUGGCGAGCCGAUAUAUCAUAAAUCUUGUGCUGGGGUCUUAAUAAUGAUAAUGAGUGCGCUGUGUUAACAACAACAACAAAAACGUUUACCAGCACGUGGGAGACAAAGGCGGACGGACGGUGCGGGCGUGGUUGUGACCAUACCACCGCCACCCUCAUUUAAUAGGCGCUCGCUAACCAGCACUCUCUGUAGGCUACACGGCGUGGGGGGGUGGUGGUGUCUUUGUCCUUUGUAUGAGUGUGUGUGUGUGUGUCAUAUACUAUAGGGGUGUGGUGGCCACUUUGGUGGCUGUGGGCUCCUGGGGCUCGUGGGUUUCGGGGAGGGAAGGAGAGGGGGGGGGGGUUUAGUAGGGGCUAGCGGCGAGCCUACAGCUCAUAGUCAACUACUCGCAAGAUAGAGCUGGCGUGGUGGGGGGUUGCCUUUCGUGCUUUGCGUCUGCAGCAACUGUGCUGGCGUGGGGAGUCUUGUUAGCCUCGUGGGGAGUCUUGUUAGCCGCGGAGAUAGAGUUGGGUCUGUACGCGUUAGGGUAGAGGAGUCUAGAUCUCUUGAUGUCGGGGUGUAGCGCUUGCCGGUUAAGGCUAGGUUCGGGGUUACAGAUCGGGUUAGAGCGCCUUGGUCGAGUUCGGGUUAGGUUCAGAGCUCGCAGUAGUAGGAGAUAGGAUCCAGGGCGAGUACCGCACCACCAGGAGUCAUCGUUUAUGUUUCAAGCGCGCACCCUUUUGGACAUCCAUCACUGAAGGAGAGCAAUGCUAGCGUGAGUGUGGACCUCAUUCUACAUCCGUCAAUUGUCACGAAUAAGCAAGCUGUCGCGUGCUCUAGCCGCUCUCCUUCCAGUACGGUUCUUCUGAAGAAAAAAAAAAAGAAAGUUUCUCGGGAUCAAGGUUCGAUCCCGGGUUACCCGGGGGGUCAGGAGGUCAACAACGUCAUCAGCAGCAUGGAGCCCCUGCACCCGGCCCAGGUGACCGUCCGCGCGGCCGCGGGUCGCUCCGUGAGACCCUAUCGCAGCGAGCUGGCCUACCUGCACGCCAUGAAGGAGGACCUCGCCCAGUGGCUCAACGUCAUCUUCUCCGACGUGGCCUUCGACGUCUCCGCCGACAACUUCACGGCCACCUUAUCGGCCGGGUGGCCCCUCUGUCGCCUCGCCAACGCCGUGAGCCGCUGGGCCCUCGACUGUUCCCGUGCGCGGGAUCCUGGGCAGGGCUCGAACCCAGGUCUCGGGGCCCAUGGGCUGCCGUUGAGGGGUGUCCCCACAGAGCUUGCGCUCCCCGUGCCUUCGACGUCCUCCUCAUCCUUUAGUACCAUCUCGAGUUCCAACAACAACACCUUCCUAACCUCCGCCAACACCACCGGUUCGUCGCCCACUUCAUCAUCAUCGUCGUCGUCCUCUUCACUAUUCUCAUCAUCGUCGUCCUCGAGUAACUGGAAGAAAGGUCUGAAUCAGAGAUCGUGGCGUAAAGACGAGGAGGUUGAUGUUGAGGAGGAGGAAGAGGAGGAGGAGGUGGUGGACCAAGACGAUGUUGAGAGGUCCAACGGCGUCAUGGAGCAGAGGGCCACUUUUGCCGCUCGAGAUCGGGUGGCGACUUUCUUGGGCUGGUGCCGCUCGGAGCUUGGCAUUCCAGAACAUCUCACCUUCGAGACCAACGACCUCAUGGAGGUCGGGCGACAAGAGCGGCGAGGGGGCGGGGAACGUCAGGUGGUCUUGUGCCUCUUGGAGGUGGCGAGACGAGGUGCCCGAUGGGGGGGCCCUGCUCCCGAGCUGGUCAUGUUGGAGAGGGACAUCGAGGUGGCCGAGGCUCUGGCCGCUGGCCAGGAGGUCCCAGUGGCCGGAGUCGGGGUCGGGGCGACAACGAGACCAAGGAGUUACGAUUUCAAGAAUCUCGACCUGAUGGUGCGCAAAGCGGUGAGCGUGUGCACCUGCCCGGCUCAGUUCCCCGUGCGACGCGUGGCAGACGGGAAGUACCGCGUGGGAGACUCAAGCACGCUCAUCCACGUGAGGAUCCUGCGCACCCACGUGAUGGUGCGUGUGGGUGGAGGCUGGGACUCCCUGCAGCACUACCUGGACAAGCACGACCCUUGCCGCUGCAUGUCCUCGGCUCACCGCCGGGUCUGGCAGCAGCAGCAGCAGCAGCAACAGCAGCAACAGGAGACGGACUUCCCGCGCAGCCCGCCUUCGAAUCCGUCGCACUCCUCCCCAAAGCGUAAGGCGGAACCGAAUCAGGAUCCACCCUCGCGGAGGUCAACCACCCGGACGACCCCAUCGCUGUCCCGGAGCUCUACCCCGCUCAGGUCGCCGGCAGAGAGGCUCCGCGUGUCGCACAACGGCCCCUCGAGCCCGAGAUCCCGUGACCACAGCGCACCCCCAACCAGGGACCAAGCGGAUGGGCGGGGACCCCCGCCGGCCAGCAACGCCAGCAAGGGGGGCACGCCCAAGACCCCUUCGCCCAAAACCACAAACCGCGUCGCUGCCGCCCCCGCCGCCACCCCCGCCGCCGGGACCAGGCCUCACCGGGACAAGACGCCGCGCGGCUCGCCGCCGUCGGGCAUCGCCGGCGUGCCACCUGCGGGCCUCCGCCAGAAGGAAGUGGUGAUGCUGGUGAACCGCGAGAAGGACGGUCACCACCUGCUGACGCGGCUCGAGCCGCGGCUGGCGCCGCGCCGCGGCCGCUCGCGCCCGGGCAACCUCCCCGGCGCCCGGCACGAACGCGGCGACGGCGCCGAGGACGAGUCUGCUUCGGCGACGCCGCCGCUGCUGAGGCCCGCGCCGCCGCGGCCGAACCCCGACUCGGCCUACGCGUCUAAAAACUCGUCGGCAUCAUCGCUGGUCGCGGCCCGAGGCGUCGGCGGCAACCACGGCGCCGUCGAGCGGUCUGACCAGCCGGUGCGGCCGCGCUCGCCGCCACUGGGGUCCGCUUUAACAUCGGCGAGGCUGCGAGCCGGCGGGGCUCGCAGCCUCGCUGCGAGCCCCGCAUCGCGGCCGCCCCCGAUGCGCCGGCAGAGUGGCGGCCCGACCCCCAGCCGGGUGGAGCAGACGCUGCGGCUCGUGCGCACCAAGAGCACCCGCAGGAGCAAGCGCGAUUGGCAGCCGACGGCGGUGGUGGUGGCGCCGGGCGACGGCGCUGCGAGGGCUGGUCCGCCAGAUGGAAAGAACCGACAGCAGCGGCCGGUGCUGAAUGGACGCCCAAUAAAAUCACCACAGAAGCCGGGCAAGGCGCGGUCGGACACUGCACAUGCGGCGCAGAGUGCGACCGCCAAUGGAGCCCGGAACGUGGAGGAGACACCGACGGUGACGGCGACGGUGGCUCCGUUUCCGGAGCAGCAGCAGCCACGGCGCGCGGGGCAGCAGCAGCAGCAGCUGCGGCGGCCCGACCGUGUGCCGUCCUUCUACAAGCUGAAGCUGCGGCCCAAGAUACGUCCUCGGACGGACCGCGUGCCCGAUGCGUGCCCUUCCCGGAUCCCCGCCCCCAACGGCGUCCUUCCCAGGAGUCGCCGGACCCCGCCGAGAUCCCCGGCACAGACGGCGUCCCCGGCGAAGGGCGCGGCGCGAGAAGGAGCCCUGGGUCAGGAGGCCACGAGGGAUGAGGUUGCCGACGAGUCGUGGGUUUAGCGAUAUCGCGGUGGCUGCUUGCAAGGUGUCUUCUCUGAAUUGACGAGCACGGGGAGGCUGCGGUGUCCUCUGCUGGGGGGGGG